ACUUGUGAUUUCCAUAUAAUUUAAUAUAAAUAUAUAUUCUUACAUGUUUUAAUAUGUAUCCCAUUUUUUUAAUAUAAAACCUUUUUUUUUUCUGAUAUUUUUCAUUGCCAAUCAGUCCCUUAUUAAUAAGUAGAGUAUUUCCAUAACUGGUUUAAUUCCCUUCAUGCACUGUGCUCCAUAGUCUUGGAACCUAAGGACAGCAGACUCUUUUAACAUUUCACCGCAAAGAUGGAGAUAACAAAUGUGAGCGAGUAUCAAGAAAUUGCAAAGCAAAAGUUGCCAAAGAUGGCGUAUGACUACUAUGCAUCUGGUGCUGAGGACCAAUGGACAUUGCAUGAGAAUAGAUUUGCUUUCACUAAGAUACUGUUUCGUCCUCGUAUUCUCAUCGAUGUAAGCAAGAUAGACAUGACCACGACUGUGUUGGGUUUCAAGAUAUCAAUGCCUAUCAUGAUUGCCCCAACUGCCUUCCAAAAAAUGGCUCAUCCUGAAGGGGAGUAUGCAACAGCUAGGGCUGCAUCUGCUGCUGGAACUAUCAUGACAUUAUCCUCAUGGGCAACUUCUAGUGUUGAGGAGGUUGCUUCGACAGGACCCGGCAUUCGGUUUUUCCAACUCUAUGUAUACAAGGACAGGAAUGUAGUUGCACAGCUCGUUAGAAGAGCCGAGAGGGCUGGUUUCAAGGCAAUUGCCCUUACAGUUGAUACUCCGAAACUCGGUCGCAGAGAAGCUGAUAUCAAGAACAGGUUCACUUUACCCCCAUUUUUGACAUUGAAGAACUUUGAAGGUUUGGACCUUGGCAAGAUGGAUCAAGCUGAUGACUCGGGUCUUGCUUCGUAUGUUGCCGGACAAAUCGAUCGUUCCCUUAGCUGGAAGGAUGUGAAAUGGCUUCAAACAAUCACCACAUUGCCAAUUCUUGUGAAGGGUGUACUCACGGCUGAAGAUACAAGGAUAGCGGUAGAGGCUGGAGCAGCUGGUAUCAUCGUCUCCAACCACGGAGCUCGCCAACUAGAUUAUGUUCCUGCCACUAUCAUGGCCCUGGAAGAGGUUGUCAAAGCUGCUCAAGGUCGGGUUCCUGUCUUCUUGGACGGUGGUGUUCGGCGUGGAACCGAUGUUUUUAAAGCUUUGGCAUUGGGAGCCUCUGGUAUAUUUAUUGGGCGGCCAGUGGUGUUCUCAUUGGCUGCUGAAGGAGAAGCUGGCGUGAGGAAAGUGCUUUCAAUGCUGCGUGACGAGUUCGAGCUAACCAUGGCAUUGAGCGGUUGUCGUUCGCUCAAAGAAAUCACUCGUGACCACAUCGUGACAGAAUGGGACAGUCCUCAUCCUCGUCCGGCCCCGAGACUGUAGAGCGCUAUAUAUUAUGGGCCAGGAACUUUAGCCAAGCAAAUCGCAGGAUGAACUUACCCGGAGCUCAAGAGAUAUAUAUUGCAUUUGCAUUGCAUUUAUGGCAUAAAAUUACUGUCUGUUUUUUUCUGUGGGAACAUGUUUAUGUUUCAUUGAGUUAAAAGGUUAUGUAAUGAUAAUGUUGGCUACUGCUGCCUUUUCACUGUAUAUUCUUUUCUUAAAAACGAUUUGGUAAUAUGAAUCUUCAUAAGUGGACAUUAAUCAAUAAUUCUGCUUUCUGCUUAA